AUGUUUGGGGUGGGUGUUGUUAGAGAAAAGUUUAUAUCUUUUAUUAAAUUAUUUAAAAAUUAUUUUUUUACUGCGAUUGUAAAGAACCCGAUCCAAAACAUUGUCAAUGUAUACGCUUACAGACAUUAUUAUUACGAAAUAUUGUAUUAA